AUGCAGCAAAUAGCCCACUACUUCCCACUUUUAAAACCUACCUCUACCAUCGCAAAAAAAGAAGCUUCCAUUGCUGACAAGGUUAUCGCCAUCCCACUACUACACUUUCUUUCGCUUUAUCCACCCCAGCGUCUUCAUCUGCCUCCCGCUUCCUGGUAUCAACCCGCGAUCGAGAUGCCCAAGACUAUAUCAGAUAAGAAAGCGGCCGAGCUGAUGGCAUACUUUCUUCGUCCCAGGGGCGACAGUCUCUACUUGGAACGCUGGGAACAGACACUGAAGGCAAUCAUCCAAGUCUUCGCUGUCAAAUACCACGAGCUCUCGCCGGAGGCUGCGGGUACUUUUAGUACCAAGAGAUACCCCAGCAGACUAUUGCAUGAGUUCUUCGUCAAGUCGCUCCGCAAUAUCAUGGACGACUUGCCGUCUGAUGUCGACAAAUUGAGGGAGGCAGUCGAUGCGCUUGAUGGCAAGCAUACAUCCCGCAAGAGGCAUCGCACGGAGAAUGACGAGGCCGAUGGCAAGCAGGCAUCCCGCAAGAGACGUCGCAUGGAUAACGACGAGGCCGUCGAAGUUGAUAUUCCGAAAGGAAAGCGCGCCAAGGUCCAAUAUUACCUGUCAGUUGACCAGUUGAAAGGGAAGCCCGUUGACAAUCUCUCGUUCUCCGUCUUUCUUGACCUCAGCGCGUUAACAACCUUUCAAGGGUCUGCUCACUACAACACUCGCUGCCACAAAGCUGCGCCAUUCAAAGGCGUUCUUCCUUUUCUGCCCCAUCAAACAACCUCCCCGGUAGUCAACAUGUCGCGACCCCGACAAGGCGUGGCCUCACGGACACAGGCCGUAGCCAACCUACGGGAAAUCAUCAACAAAGACACCUGGCCGGCCGACGACCCCGACUGGAAGUGGGAGCUCUCCGACGUUCUCAAAGAUUUUGCCGCCAAAUACUUCGAACUCUCACUCAAGGACAGUAGUGGGGAGACGGUCGACGAGCCAAGUAGACUGUGGCACAACCACUUUGUUGAGUCGCUUUACAAGCUUUUGAAGGAGUUGCCGGCCACCACUAAUGAUCUGCGCAAAGCGGUUCCCCAUGUUGUCGAUGGCGAUGAAGCGAAAGGGAGUCCAGCGUCACCGGUGUCGCCCGCCUCACCGGUUGAUGUCAGAGAUGGGAGCAACAAGAAGAAGCGCCCUGCGCCUGCCGAUGCUCAAGACGAUAUAAAAACCCCGAAUAAGAACAAGCGCGUCAAAACCGAAGCACAGACAACGAGCUUCACGGUUUACGCCAGAAGCCCUUACACCGUUCGCGUCUUCGAGGGCGACAUCCCCAGCGCCGAGUUCAGCUCCAGCACCCCUGCGACGGUCCGGGUCGAGAUGGCUGCUGCUGCUGCCGUUGUCAAGUCCGACGACAGUGACAAUUGA